UUCAUUACCUUUUAUCAUCAUUCAGGUUUUAUUUAUUUUCUCCCUUUUUUGUACCUCCAUCCACCUUUACAGUUUUCCUCUUGUCCCUCUUUCCUUUCUUUCGUGGGGUUUAAUGCCUUCAUACUCCACGUUCUUAUUCCUUUUCUACUUAUCAUUCAUUUUCUUCCAUUUCCUCGUGACCUUCCUUAUUUCCUUCUUUAACUUAGUUUGGAUUUCCCCCACAUGUCCUUUCUCAUCUCUUUCCUCCUUUAAUCCCUUUUUUCUCCUUUCUUCAAUCCUUCCUCUUUCCCUUUUUACUUGCAUCCCAUCAUUUGUGGCUUAACUGCUUCCUUUUCUUUCCUUCCUUCUUUUUGACUCAUUUCUGUCCUUGCCCAUACAUUUUGUCUCACAUCUUUGUUUCCUUCACUUCAUAGCCCCCCCUCCUCACGUCUGUCUGUUAUUCCAUUUCAUUCUUUCUUUUAAAUUUGUCCUUCCUUCCUUUCCUUUCAAUUCGUUUCUGCCUUCCUUGAACUCAUCCUACUUCCUCUCCUUGUUUCUUUACAAAUCUUUCCUUCCCUGCUUGUUCCUUUCAGUUAAUGUUGUCUUUUUCUUUGAUCUGGUACUUUUCCCUGCAUUCCUCUUUUUUUUAAUUUUGUUUUGUCCUUCCAUCCAUCCUUGUUUCUUCUCCCUCAUUCCUUUAUUCCUCCCUUCUUUGCUCUUUGUGAUUUCUUCCCUUUGAUAACUUCUUCCAUGUUUUGUUUUGCUUUCCCCUUCAUCUUCUUCCUUUAAUUUACUCCCUGCUGUGGUCUCAGUUCCUCUUUCCUCCGUCCUUAACUUCAUCCUUCGGUCCUCCUUUAUCCCCUCCUCCUCCUGUCUGUCCCUCCUCCAGCUGAAGUAAACAGAUGAACCGGGAGAUACUGAAUCUCUCCCUGGGCCCCUCUUCCUCACUCCUCCCAGUUAAUUGGGCUCUGGCUGUCUGAGUGGCAGUCGCAGCAGUAUUGAGGCCCGGCCGUGCUCCAGAUGUGCGCAGAGUUGACCGCAGUGAAAUGUGAGCCGCUCCGGCCUGGCUGCCUGUAUUUUGGGAUGUUUUACACGGGGCAGGACAAAGACACGUUUCCAGGCGGGAUCCCGGCCUGAGCAGAUGUUCCUGUGCUGGGAGCCGAAGAGGAAGAAGGAGAGGAAGAAGAAGAGGAGGACCCGCGCGCAGCAGAGCGAGGACAGAGACGAUAUGGCCGAAGAUGUCCGUGGAUUCUGAUAACUCCUGUGUUUUGCUGUCAUCACGUGACUCCCGGACUUCCUGCAUCUUUCAAACCGCUGAUGAGAAAGAUGACAUCCCAGGAGUGGGAGAGGAAAGCGUCCUGGAGAUGCUGAGCUACUCCAAGUUCUCCGACCUGGAGACAUGGCUGUGCAUGCCGUCCUCACUGCUGCUUUCCAGGCCUCUGGACUCCACCCACACCUCCUCGGGCUCUUCCUCCAACUCGUACUCCUCACGUGCGUCCCUCCACUCCGCCAACUCGCUCCCGGCUUCCUCCUCUUCGUCGCUGGCUUCAAACUCCCGCCACUCCACCUGCAGCGAGCCGGGAGAAAUCGACAGGUCGUCAGAAAGAGACUCCACCUUCCUCACGCCCACUCUGACGAAGGAGGCGACCUGUCUGUCCACACCCCUCCUCCCCAUCCUCUCCUCCACCCCUGCACCUCCUCCCGCUGCUGCCGCUUCACGGUCCAGCUAUGGCACUCACGCAGGAGACUCCGCCUCCCACAGUGGCGUCAGCAUCAGGAAGCGGCGGCGUCUCGCUGCCAGUCCUGGAGGACUCCACUGGACCUCUUCAGGUGUGCUGUGUGUCCAGCAGAGGGAGCUGAUCAUCCACACACCUGCGUGCUUCCACGCCCACAUUCUUCCUUAUAAGGAGAGUUUACCUCCUGGAUGGUGGAAGAUGGUGAAGCUGUUCUACAGUCACACAGUCAUGAUGAAGGAGCAGCGGGACUUGUGGUCACCUGAUCCGUCCCCGGGGUCGAGGAGGAGUGGAGGAGGAGGAGCAGGUGCGAGGAGUCUUCCCCUGGGGGAGGCGGCCCGAGUUUCCCUGCCGUGGGCCACAGACCGGGCGCUGCUGAGAAAGACGAUUUCGGUGGACGACCGUCUGCUGCAGCCGGUGGGCGGCGAGCAGCGACACCUGAGGCUGCUGAACCGGCUGGAGAGAGGCCGGAAGAAACUCCGCAGCAUCCACAGCCCGGGAACCUCGGGGAGGUACGACACCAGGAAAAAGUCGGACAGUAAGACCUCCCGCUUGGCUCAGAGGUGGAACCAGAGGUUGGCAGGAGAUGCUCUGAUCAAAGACCUGAAGCCGCUGUACUGCUCGGGAGACUCCCGAUCCUCACUCAGCCUGGACAGCAGACGCCUCCCGGGUGUUAUGACGCAGCAGAUGCAGAACCUACAGUUGUCCCAGACCAGGAAGUGCCCCGGCGGGCCGGCCUCCCCCAAUGCCGCCAAGCGCCUCUACAGGAACCUGUCGGAGAAGCUGCGAGGAAGCACCUCCUCCUUCGAAGAUGCCUACUUCUUUGGCAAGACGGAUCGGCUCCGUAAAGCCUCGACGAUGCAGGGCAGCGACUGCAUCUUCGAGGCGGUGGAGCAGCAGGACCUGGACGCCGUGCAGAUCCUUCUGUACCAGUGUUCGGCCGAGGAGCUGGACCUGAACACUCCCAACAGCCAGGGCCUGACGCCGCUCGACAUCGCCAUCAUGACCAACAACACGCCCAUCGCCAAGCUGCUGCUGAAAGCCGGCGGCAAGGAGAGCCCGCACUGUGAGUACGCCACAUCAGGCAGGUUCGGCCCUGAGCCAGACCGCAGCACACACAGCGUCCGAGUGUUGGUCUUUAAACGUGUCAGACUUCAUGUUGUAAAUCUGUGUCACAACCACCUGAAACGAAAUCCGUCCCGCCGGCCGUCACUUCGAAAGGUUGAAAGCGUGUCGAGUGCUGUGCUUCAUCUGUGCGAGCACUCCAAGCGACGAGGCCAAUUACAGCUCCACGAGCCGGGAGACUCCUCGGUCUUACCUCCGCGUCUUUAUCAGCUGUCACGUCUGAUGGAGUGUGCCCGCUUGACCUUUCAGUCUGACAGAAACCUCAUUUACAGGCGAAGCCGUCGUCCCGUCAACGCGGCUUGUCAGGAGGUCGCUCGGGUCAGAUGUGGGCGUUUUGGGUUUUCGUGGCGUGCGACGCAGAAAACAGACGUUUGUGCCACUAAAAGAGUCGAGACCUGA